AUGAAUGGUUAUUUACAUAUUUUUAUGUCAUUGAUUGGAGUUAUAGGAAACAUUUUAGUCAUCACUGUUGUGUACCGACAAGGGUUGAAGGAUACACCACAAAUAUUGAUGAUGUCAUUAGCAGCUUCGGACGCUCUCUUUUCAACAGUUACUCUAGUAAUCCAUGUUCCUAAUAUCAUUUUUAAUGUUGAUUUUUAUCUAGCUAAAACAAUUGUGACCUAUAUUAAUGUGUACGUUGUGGAAAUUUAUUAUUUUACUAUCGUUCUGAGUUUCUGCACAUUUCCACUCAUCUCAUUUGAACGAAUGAUUGCUGUGUAUUUUCCUUUUCAGGUAUCUCAAAUUUGCACAACUUUCAGGAUUAAGUGUGUACUUUCAUCUUUAUAUGUGUAUUCAUUGGCAGCUACUAUAAUUUCCGUUUCAUAUUUUUACCCUCUCUGGUUAGAAAUACCGUUCAGUAACAGAUCUUAUGCUGUAGUUGAUCAAACUGAUUUUUUAAAAAAUAAUUUGGAUGUAUUAAAUUUAAGUCAAAUAAUAAUUUUAAUGUACCUACUCUCAAUCAUUCCAGUAUCUGUAACAACAAUUUGUUGUUUAAUGAUCAUUUUAAAAUUGGUAAGAAAUUCCAGGUCACGUUUGUCAAAAGCCAAGAUCCAAACCAAGAACUCUCGAAACAUGCAAGUUGUUAAAAUGUUACUGACAGCGUGUAUCUUGUCUUGUGUCUCAACUAUACCCACAGUAGCUAUUGACAUAUUUACUCAAAGUGAAUAUACGGAAGAAGGUUUCAUGACACUUGAAUUUACCGAGGUGUUGCAAACAAUAAAUCACAUACUUUUUCAAUUAAGCCCAACUUUAAAUUUUUUCAUUUAUUUAACUAUGAGCUCAAAAUUUUCAGCAAAAUUCAAGCAAAUUUUUCAACAAAACUCCAACAAAUUGUGUUGUUGA